CUCUUAUUAAUAUAUUCCUAUUUUAAUACAAAGUGAUGUGAAUUAUUAUUAAAAUUGAUGCUCUCAAAAGACAGACCAUAUGUAUCCAGUGACUUGAUGUCUCUCAUGAUACAACUGCCUCAUACUUCUAAUCUGAGAAGCACAAACAUAUUUAUCUCACAGCAACUCCAUGAAAGGGGUAUUCUUAUCAUUUUACAGAUGAGAAAAUUAAGACUAGAAGAGGGAAGAAACUUAAACAUAUUUCACAGGUACUAAAUGGCAGUAUUAAGUUUCUCCUUCAGACUGGCUCCUCAUAAGCAUUUUGUGAUCCUAUAAAACAGAAAAACUAGCAAUAUGAAUAAAGUGCUGAUCUAAAAGUUAAGAAAGGUUUUUGGUCAUUAUUGACUGGCAAGGAAAUCUUUUAAAAGGCCCCUUAUAAAAAUCUUGUCUUUCAUUUCCUCAUAUACAUGUUGAGUUUAAUUUCAGCCUUAAUGUUGGGAAAAGGUACAUACGUAUUAUUAAAAUUAGACAUUUGACAUGCUUGAAGACUAGUUCUAAAUAAAAUCAGUUAUUAAUGGAAUGGUACCCUUGAGAACUCUCCAAGUCUAGUGUACUCUUCUAUGUAUGUGUACACACCUGACUUUUAAACACAAUGUCUUUGCCACCAGUUACUGAUCUCCUUACUAUACAGAAAACAAGCCAUUUUAGUCAGUUACUUUAGUCAACUCACCCCCCACACACAGUUCUCUAAAUGGUAACUCAUCCAUAAUGCAUAGUAAUAGCCAAGAGCUCAGAUUUUAAAUAUGUCAGCAAAAUCUAGUUUUAAGUCCUGACUCCAAAUUAUUAGUGUGGCAUUGAGUAAAGUGCUUUAGUUCUCUGUGCCUCAGUUUCCUUAUUAAAAAAGGGGUGAAUAAAUGGUACUCCAUGGGGUUUUUAUAAAUUUUCUCUCGAAUUAUCUAUGAUGAAUGGUAGAUAAUGUUGCUAUAUGUAAUGCCUGAAAAGUUUUGAGUCAAUGAUUACCUUGUAAGUUCACUUUAAAUUGAAUAAACAUAUUAUUUCAUAAGGAUUUUUUGUGUGUGUGUCCAUUAAGUGAAAUUUACUUGAGUUUACUAAGUUAGUCCACAAUUUAUAUGGCCCACUUUUUGAUCAAGAUUCUAAGUAUAAAAACUCUUCUUUCUACUUGAGAUUGAUUUUCAUGGGAAAAGAAUGCCACAUAAUAUGUAGCAUUCAACUAAUCUAUUCUGUUAAUUUGGCAGUAUAAAAAGAUUUGUAAAUAAUGAAUUUCCAUACUCUUGAAGAUACCUUUAUACACCUUGCACUGCUUCUGCGUUUACUCAUGCCUUGUCUUAAAAUAGGACUUUCUCCUGACAGUGUGUGUUAACAAUUGGAAAAUUCCCUAUCAGUAGACUAGCACCAUCUUGACAGCCCUGUGUUCUGCCUCUACCUUGCUAAUUGUUUCCGUGGGAUUAUUUGGAUUGUGUAGAAAGCUUUUGCAAAUCCUCUUAUUACUGAAGUCAUUGUUGCCGGCAGGAAUAAGAUUAAAAGUGCUUAAGUCUGUAGAGUUGUUUCUAAUUUGUACGUGUCAUUUCAGUGGCAUUUUAACAGAACUCUGUCUCCUGUCCCUCCCUUCUCCCCUGGUACUAUCUCAAGUUGGGUCCAAGAAGCCAGGCCAUUGGAAGAAAUCUCAUUUUAUCCUCCUAAUUAUUAUGCUGGCACUCAGGAGAUAAUUUUUCCCUUCAUGCACUGCCAAUUAAUAUGCAAAUGGGCUGAUAAAUAUUUAUGCAAUGAUUUAAAUUAUGCAGGGAGUGCUUUCAGUAUAUUCUGUAAAUGAAUUGUUCCUGGACUUCAAAGUGCUGGCUGCAGUGCUAACGAGCGGAGAUUUGCAUAAGGCCCUAAUCACGCGCAUACUGAUUAAGCUUCAUUAUGGAAACUGCCAGCUGCAAUCUUUGUUUCUAUUUUAUUACAAAAAGGGGAACUUUUCAUGCUUCAGUUGCCGUGAUAAUGUCAGUCCUAGCUGGUAGGAGAGACUAAAACUCCUCUGAGCAACUGAAGUUUCCUUAUUCAGUUGAAGAUUGCUAUGGUGUAACUGAAGAAGUUGUAUUUUGCUUCUCCCCUUAAUCACUACCCCCCACACCCUUGUUCUCUUAAGAACAUAGUGUAGAUUUAUUAGAAAUAUUAGUACCUUCUUUCCCCCACCCCAAACCGCUACCUGUUUCUUCCUUGUUUGGACUGUCUGCACCUCUAGAAGAUUUCACAGCAAUGCUGGACUGCAGUGACUAUGUUUUAGACUCAAGAAUGAACAAUCCGUCAGAACCCAGUAAACCAUCUAUGGAGAGUGGAGAUGGCAACACGGAUUGCUUCAUCUUUUUGCUUCCAUCUAUCAGAGAAACAACAGGCACACAAACCAAUGGCCUGGACUUUCAGAAGCAGCCUGUGCCUGUCGGAGGAGCAAUCUCAACAGCCCAGGCCCAAGCUUUCCUUGGACAUCUCCAUCAGGUCCAGCUCGCUGGAACAAGUUUACAGGCCGCUGCUCAGUCUUUAAAUGUACAGUCUAAAUCUAAUGAAGAAUCGGGGGAUUCCCAGCAGCCAAGUCAGCCUUCCCAGCAGCCUUCAGUGCAGGCAGCCAUUCCCCAGACCCAGCUUAUGCUGGCUGGAGGACAGAUAACCGGGCUGACUUUGACGCCCGCCCAGCAGCAGUUACUGCUACAGCAGGCACAGGCACAGGCGCAGCUGCUGGCUGCUGCGGUGCAGCAACAUUCCGCCAGCCAGCAGCACAGCGCUGCUGGGGCCACCAUCUCAGCCUCCGCCGCCACGCCCAUGACGCAGAUCCCCCUGUCUCAGCCCAUACAGAUCGCACAGGAUCUUCAACAGCUGCAGCAGCUUCAACAGCAGAAUCUCAAUCUGCAACAGUUUGUGUUGGUGCACCCAACUACCAACCUGCAGCCAGCACAGUUUAUCAUCUCACAGACGCCCCAGGGCCAACAGGGUCUCCUGCAAGCGCAAAAUCUUUUAACACAACUACCUCAGCAAAGCCAAGCCAACCUCCUACAGUCGCAGCCAAGCAUCACCCUCACCUCCCAGCCAGCAACCCCAACACGCACAAUAGCAGCAACCCCAAUUCAGACACUUCCACAGAGCCAGUCAACACCAAAGCGAAUUGAUACUCCCAGCUUGGAGGAGCCCAGUGACCUUGAGGAGCUUGAGCAGUUUGCCAAGACCUUCAAACAAAGACGAAUCAAACUUGGAUUUACUCAGGGUGAUGUUGGGCUUGCUAUGGGGAAACUCUAUGGAAAUGACUUCAGCCAAACUACCAUCUCUCGCUUUGAAGCCUUGAACCUCAGCUUUAAGAACAUGUGCAAGUUAAAGCCACUUUUAGAGAAGUGGCUAAAUGAUGCAGAGAACCUCUCAUCUGAUUCGGCCCUCUCCAGCCCAAGUGCCCUGAAUUCUCCAGGAAUUGAGGGCUUGAACCGUAGGAGGAAGAAACGCACCAGCAUAGAGACCAACAUUCGUGUGGCCUUAGAGAAGAGUUUCUUGGAGAAUCAAAAGCCUACCUCGGAAGAGAUCACUAUGAUUGCUGAUCAGCUCAAUAUGGAAAAGGAGGUGAUUCGUGUUUGGUUUUGUAACCGCCGACAGAAGGAAAAAAGAAUCAACCCACCAAGCAGUGGUGGGACCAGCAGCUCACCUAUCAAAGCAAUUUUCCCCAGCCCAACCUCAUUGGUGGCAACCACACCAAGCCUUGUGACAAGCAGCGCAGCAACUACCCUCACGGUCAGCCCUGUCCUCCCUCUAACCAGUGCUGCCGUGACUAAUCUCCCGGUUACAGGCACUACAGACACCACCUCCAACAACACGGCAACCGUGAUUUCCACAGCACCUCCAGCUUCCUCAGCAGUCACGUCCCCCUCUCUGAGUCCCUCCCCUUCUGCCUCAGCCUCCACCUCCGAGGCAUCCAGUGCCAGUGAGACCAGCACAACACAGACCACCUCCACUCCUUUGUCCUCCCCUCUUGGGACCAGCCAGGUGAUGGUGACAGCAUCAGGCUUGCAAACAGCAGCAGCUGCCGCCCUCCAAGGAGCUGCACAGUUGCCAGCAAAUGCCAGUCUUGCUGCCAUGGCUGCUGCUGCAGGACUAAACCCAGGCCUGAUGGCACCCUCACAGUUUGCAGCUGGAGGUGCCUUACUCAGUCUCAAUCCAGGGACCCUGGGCGGUGCUCUCAGCCCAGCUUUGAUGAGCAACAGUACACUGGCAACUAUUCAAGCUCUUGCUUCUGGUGGCUCUCUUCCAAUAACGUCACUGGAUGCAACUGGGAACCUGGUAUUUGCCAAUGCAGGAGGAGCCCCCAACAUCGUGACUGCCCCUCUGUUCCUGAACCCUCAGAACCUCUCUCUGCUCACCAGCAACCCGGUUAGCUUGGUCUCUGCUGCCGCAGCCUCUGCAGGGAACUCUGCACCUGUAGCCAGCCUUCACGCCACCUCCACCUCAGCUGAGUCCAUCCAGAACUCUCUCUUCACAGUGGCCUCUGCCAGCGGGGCUGCAUCCACCACCACCACCGCCUCCAAGGCGCAGUGAGCUGGGCAGAGCUGGGCUGCCAGGAGCCUUUUUCACUCACUCUGCAGUGUGAUUGGGCUGCCAGCCAGGUUAAUAAACUGAAAAAUGUGAUUGGCUUCCUCUCGCCAUGUUGUGAGGGCAAAGGAGAGAAGGGAGAGAAGGAAAACACAUACCAGAAAAGAAAAGAAAGGAUGGAGAUGGGACAACAUUUGCCUAAUUUUAUAAUAAAACACUGUCUUUUCAGGAGUGCUUCAUGGAUUGGAAAACUUUCUAACCAAAAAUUUAAAAAAAAAAAAGAAACAAAAAAUCAAAAACAAACAAACAAAAAAAUAAGUGAAAGGACUACUUAUCAUUUCCAGCAGUCAUGAUGACAAGUUAAGGUGGGUUACCAAUUCCAAUAUAGGAAGGGGGUUUCUUGUUUAUCUAAAUUUCUUUUUAUCUUAAAAAAAAUCAUUUUUAUGGGUCUGUUGUACAGGCCAUUAAGUCAUAACAAGGUGUUUAUAAUCGUAUCAAUUGUGUUGGGGGUUCCUUUCUUAACUGGUACAAUUUAGGCAGGCCUGUAUUACUGUAUCUCUAUUAUUAUUGUUGUUGUUGUUAUUGUUUUUUAUAUAUAUAUAUAUAUAUAUAGUUUGGACAUGUUUAUCUCUUGCUCCUGGAUCCUAUUUCAGUGAGCUCCCACACUGUGGGGAGGGAGGGUUUCGGGGUAAGGGGAGACUUCUGUUCUUAACUGCGGGGAAUGUUCUUGCUGGUUUCCUUAUCCUUGAUGACUCUUACAGAGGUGCUAGAAAAUUAUUUUCUUUUGCCACUUAUGCAAGAGGCUUGGUGCAGAAGCUGAAGGCAGUGUGUGCAAACACUCCCACUCCACAAAUGUCCCCUCCCCCUCCCCCAUCAGGUGGUGCCUUUGGAGCACUUUUGUGUAGGAAGGAAUUCCUGCUGAACUGUAGCUCUCACUCACCCCCAAAUCAUUGAAUGACCCUGAGGCCCAGAUCCUGUGGUGCAGCAGUGCUGCUUUCUGCUACUUUCGAUGGGAACAGCUGUACGUGUUGCAGGGCAGGAUUUGGUUCCGAAGAGCAAAGACUACUGCAGACACCUGACUUGGUGGUUCUCCUGAUUUCUUAUCUCCUGAAAAAUGCUCCUGCUGUUGGUGUGUUUGUUUUUUCCAUUUUUCAGAAGUUUUUCAUCCAAAACUUCCUUUAACUUACUUGGCAAAGAACAAACUGACUUACUGAAAUUGGGGAACUUUUUCCCUUCUUUUAUUUUCUAAAGGAAUUCUACUAGACUAUUUUCCAUCAAUUAUAUUUCCAAAAGAGGUGUGAUGAGAAGAGUCUGAGGUUACCACCUUUUCCUCUAGCAAUCUGCAGAUUUCCUUCCCACUGGAUGGCUUAUAAGUUCCUCUGUCCCUGAGAUUCCGCUUGGUUCUCUGACUAAAGGAGGCACUUAUUAGCCAGGCCUGGGAUCUGUAGAACCUUUAAAGAAGAAGGACUUUGAGCAGGAACUUUGCACACAUCUCAAGAGUCUCCUUGGUUUGUUCGUGAUGCUCCUGCAAAGUAAUUCACAUCUCUUUAUUCAGUGUAGAAAGUGAUUAGCUCCUUCCUAUAAUUGCUUUCAGGGUGUUUCUAAACUAUGUAAUGAGCCCACUGAAAGUAAGAGCUUGUGAAAGUGGAUGAAGAGGAACGAGGGUAACUUGGAGAUUAAAUUUCCCUUUUUGUCAAUGUACUGUUUCUAUACCAUCUGUACCAAAAAAUUUUCCAGAAGACUGGAUUACUGCAGUGCAGCUCAUCUAAGUUACCCUUCUUAUUGGAGUUAAAGGUUCCAUUUGGUGUCUGUGGGUGCUUGCUUAAAUCUCCAGUGGUCCCAAGACUGCACUUUUUGUCCCUUUCAAGCUGGGGAUAUAGAGAGAGCUUACAGGUGGUUUUCAAUCUGGUUGCUUUGCUUGUAUCCACCAGGGAGUUUGGAUUUGUGUAUUUGUCUCUCUUCACCAUUGUGCAGAAAGGCAGUGAUACAGACACAGUGUGGACUUUUGUUUGUGAUUUAAAUGGGAGACGGUCACAGUAAUAUUAAAAGGUCAAAAAUAUUUUAGUCCCCUUUUAAAUUUUUCUUUGUUGUUUUUUUCUGCCUUAUUUUAUUUCACAAAGUAUUUAAAUUACCACCCCUAAAUUUCCUCUUCUUACCCCUCACCUUCCCUAAAAUCCCCCCAAAAUCAGUGAACUGCAAGCAGGGAAAUUAACAAAUGUCCAUCCACCUUUUUUGUGUGGUGUGUUUUUUAUGUUUUUUUUUAAAACUAAGCUUGAACCAAAGUCAAUUUUUAGCAAGCUGCUGUACUAAUGGACUAGUUUAUAAUGUGCAGUUCAGACACAUCGAGGAGAUAGAUGCUACUGACAAUUUCUUUUUCAUUUGUCUUUAUUAAUUUUAUAUAAAAGUUGCUGCUUGUUUUUAAUCUUUUAUGUUGGUAAAUUGUAAUAUCUUCUGGGCAGACAUUAACUUGAUGUUGUUUAACUAGUUUAUUUAGGUUGGUAUGUAAAUAGAAUGGCAGUGUCAGUUACUAAUUUUUCUCCUCUCCAUCUGCUUUUUAUCUGUUGUAGUUAAACUUAAUCUUCUAUCCUGACUUGCCAUCUCUAACUUUAGUCUGUGCAAAUGAUUUUAGGGCUGUCAGUGAUACUGUAGCUGCCCUUAGCAAUGAGUCCUUCUCUUGGGAAUGGUGAAAGUUAGAAGAGGAAGGAUUUGGGGAGGAAAAUGCUGAUACCCACCACACUGGAUUAGAAGUUAUAGCAUUAAUUUCCCAAAAUUGCUACCAAAGGAAGUGUGGAGUCUCGAGGGACUCAAGCCCAGUGAGUCAGGAAGAAGGGCAAGAAAAGACUGUUUUUGUUUUUGUUUUUUUCACAUGUGGUUAAAGAAAUGAUCCCUUUCCCAAAUAAGAUUCAGCAAAAGACUUUAAUAUUAAAAAAGAUACUAAGCUUUAAAUGUCAGUACAAUAGUCAUUUAUUUCUAUGCCCUGUUCUGUAUUUUUUUAGUCAAUUUGACAUAAGGGGAUUCUGCCUUUUGGAGUAUAGAUCGCUUGAUGAGGGUAGUACCUUAAACCAGCAUAAAAAAAUCUGUUUAAAAGAAUAAUCUUUGGGCAAAGAUAAAAUCUUUUCUCUUUUUUCACUUAUUUAAAAGUAAGUUGUGAAAUGAAAGGUACAUGUACAUGUGUACACAUGAAACACUAAUAUAGUUUGUUGGUGGGUGUUUAGUUUAAAUCAACUCCCCAUCACCAUCCCUAGCUGAUGAUCAUACUCUGCUGAUCAUAUUGCUUCAUAAACACCCUAGUCAUUUUUUACUUUCUAUCAUCUUUUUUUAUCAUCUCAAGAAAUGCAUUUUGAAUUGAAUGAAUGAUCUCCUAAGCUAAGGUACUCAAAUUUAACUUUUAGCCACCUUAUAUAAGGGAGAGUCUGGAAACUAUAGGGGGCUAUUUGACCAAAAAGAGGUGUUUGGUAGAGUUUUUGCAUUUUGAAGAAGGCCAGAUAGGUCAUCACAAUUCAUUAUAUCAUUCUUUUUGUUCCCACUUAAUGUUUAUGCAAGUUUUAUUUUAUCCCUGAAUUUGGUUAACACAUACUAAGCCAAAGACUAAUUCUAAAUGCAUUUAUAGUAAUACUAUAUUUGCCCAUGGUAAUGGGCCCUCCCUAGGGAGUGGUGAAUGUAAUUGUUUGAAUCCUGCUUGUCACAAGUGGUGCAAUUUGGUCAUAAACUUUAUUUAUACCCUGUAUAAAUCUGAAGGACAGAGCAGGAAGACCUAAAAAAGGGCUUCUCACAAGAACAAUAUUACUGUAUUGUUCUAAGAACUAAGUUGAGUUCUGUAUUUGUUUAAAUGUUUCUGAAGUUCUAUAGGCAGCUUUUUAGAAUUAAGAAACAAAUUUGUUUAUAUUCAUUGAUAUAAUACACACUUCCUUUUAUUUAUUAUCAGAAAGAUCAAUACCAUCCCAAUUUACUCAACUUGUUACUCGAGAAAUGGAACCAAAGGAAUCCAACUUUCAUUUUGUAUAGGACCAUACCUAUAUAUGCUUCAUGGUAGCAUUAUAAGAAAUUAAUCUUUUUUUGUUUUAAAAAAAGGGAAAAUAAGAUUGAUUAAAAGAUUUUUAGUCACAUCAUCUUAUCUUGCCAAUUUAUUCUACAUCAUUUGUUGUUGGGAAAAAAAGCACAAUUAUACCUCUUUUAAAUGUUAUUUUGUCUCAUUAUAUCUCAUUUAUUUAGGAAGAUAAGGGAAACCUUGUCUAUAUUAUCCAGAAGCACAGAUAUUUGCUUGACACAACAUUUAAAUUCAACCCAAUCUUUAACAUUAUUAUUUUCAUUUCAACUUGCUGGAAAAGCCAGAUACACUCGCAAACAUAGGGAAUUCAUGCAAAUGUUUAAAAUUGUAAAUCCUGAUAGAAAACUUUGCAAUUGGUAUAUAACAAACACUUGGCUUACAGAAGAAGCUCUCUGUAAUUCAUAGUCUAAAGCUAUUCCCAAACUAUAUCAUCCUCACAAAACAUUCUUGACCAAGAAGAGAAAUAAGAUUAUCGAGAUAAGAAGACAGAGAAGCCUCUUUCUUUUGUUCUCCCCAAGAAGGGAGAAGCGACGCCAGGGAGAUGUUGGAAGGCCAGGACUAGCCUUCAUGCUAGUAGGCUGCUUUGGCCUCAGCCCAUAGAGGCCCUCCAAAGACCAGUCCUCAAUUAAAGAAAGACCUCAGCAAUUCAUUAGGAGAGUUUGGUCAAAUACUUUCUCAUUAAAUCAGCAUCUAGAUGAUGAAUUGAAAGUUUAUUUGUUCUUCAAACCUUGUUUAUUGGAGUUGAAAACGUUAAAAGAUGACUAAUACUAAGGGAAGAAAAAGACUAAAGACCUAAAAUUUUAAAUUUUCCAAGUGAACAAGAAUUUUUGCAUUCAUUUCCUCGUAACUGAUAUGAGUUCACUUUAAUAUGUAUGAAAAACAUUUAAUAUGUGACAUUCGUGUAAAAUCAUAGUCUUGGCUAUUUGGAGUCAUUUUCAGUCUUAAAACAUUUGAGGAUGACACUUUAUAAAGUGAUAAGUCUUUCUUAGCAUUUACCUUCUCUUUGGAGAAGGAAAAAAAAUCAUUCUUUGCCAUUCCUCUAAGAAGAAUACCUAAGAUGAACUAUUAUAUAGGUUUGCAUAGACAGCGCACAAAAUACAAAUGUAAGCUUGGACAAUAAUAGGAUAAAUAAAUCACUUUCAUCAUUAAAAGUUAAUCAUCCUUUUCUUAAUCCAAAGAAAUUAGAUGGGACAACCCUGAGAUUCCCAGUAAGAUACUGGAAGGGAUUCCACCGGAAGGCAGGGAAUGUGUUUUUCUCAGAAUUGUCCAGUUCAUACCAGUUUUCUGUAUGGUUUGUGAAUGGCUGCUUUUUUCCAACUGUCCUUAUUCACGAAGCAGUUCCUUGUUUUGGCUCUUCUACUCUUGGCCUUUGUUAAAAGCAGUAAAUUUGAGUGAACCUUUUGUUGAUUCUGUAACCUGGAUCUCCUUUUUUCUUUCCCUUCUUUUUCUCUUUGAAUGGUGGUACCUUAAUCUGGGUAACAGCUAGCUUCUGGCACCUUCAUAAAAUACCUCAGCAUAGCUUAGCAUUGUUGCAGAACUGGUUUUAAACUAAAAACCAUAUAAAUAAAAGAAAAACCUUUAUAAAUAGUGGAAAUGAUUCUAGCUGUAGCAUUUAGUUGAACUAAUGUUUAUUAUGAUUGAUAAACAUGAUUGAUGCUGUAUGUAUUUGGGAUCCUGUUUAUAGGUUACAAUUUAUAGGGUUAGGGAGGGUUGGGUGGGAUAAGAGAAGUUGAUUAUGUUAGAAGGAAAAUGUUGCUCGUGUGUGUAUGUUUGUUUUUUCUUAUAUCUGUCUUGCCAAAGGAAACUUGAUUUUCCCUGUGAUUGGGUUUGGGAUUUGUUGGCCUCUCUGUGGUCUGAUCUGCAGCACAGUGUGUGGUGGCAUGCAGGUAACAUAAGGGGUCUCCAGUAGGUUCAGGGUCCCUGAGGGUGCAUUUACAUCCCUUCCUAUGGCUGCCUGCGUCCCGCAGACCCUGCCAGCCUCGUAAUGAUUCAUUACCUCUGUACAUAGCAAAAGCGUAGGCAAAGGAUGAAUGUAUGAAUGUCUGGGUGUGCAGUUGAGAAAUAGAGGCAGAAAUAAACAUGCACCAAUUAAUUUGGAGAGGAAAGAAGAGGUGAGUGAUGGAUGUAUCUUAAUCUAGGAAAACUAAAGUGAAACAGGUUCUUUUUGUCACCCUCUGUCAAGUUAUCGGAUGUUGUGCAAGUAGCACAAUGUUUUAAAACCUUACUUACUUUUCUCAUACCAAGGCUAGUUCUUUCUAGAUUGAAAACACAAACGGAACAAAAACCAAACCAAGAAGUUGAAAGCUAAGCUGCUCACCUCACACCUGUGAUAUGGUUGUGACCCUUGGUUGGUUGGUUGGUUGGUUGGUGGGAUCGAGGAGAGCAUAUUGUUCUUGAUGGGAAUGUGAAUGAGAAAUGAUGCUGGUUUAGGGAAAAUUACAAGCCCUUUCUGUGCGUACUCUGGGACAAAACUUCCUCAGCUCCUUGAGUUCAGAUAUAGACUAUAUCUCCAGAAAGGCUAUUUUUUUUAAGCAAAUGAUCUAUCUCACAGAACUUAAGUGGGAUUUGGUUUGGAUACCAAAGACACUGCUGUCACUCAUUGUUUAUCCUUGUGUUUUCAAGACAGGCAGAGGGAAUAGGAGCAAAAGGCUGAAAUUUGGAAAAGCUUUACUUUGUCUCUUUCCUUCCCUUUUCCUUCCCUCCUUUUUGAAGGAAGUCUUCUUGUUGGUUAUCCUGGCUUUGGGAAAGAGAUUUAUUUCAUUUUGCUCUGUUGGCUCUGUAAAGAUGGAUAGGGUUACUCUGUGUAGCAUUCUUGGACUUGCUGAGAAAUUUGGGGAGAGCAAAAGAUAGGGGUAAGAAUUUUUUUUCUUUACUCCAGAUCCCCAAGUAUGGCCCCUCAACUGAAUCCAAACUUGACAGAACAAAUGCCUUUAUUAAAGGGACUUGUUCUGUAAAAUCUGGAUUUAGUCAAAAGGCCGCACUCAAGGAUUCAGAAGGCUUACAGGUUCCCCACCCCAGGAUGGAUAAGCAUUUUUAAGAGCAGGCUUACAUGGAAGACCAAGAGAUCUUCUGUUUCUCUCCUGUUGAACUGUUUUGUUCCAACAUGUUUUUAUCUCUGGGCUCUGGGGAGUUAGGUAGUUCAUUGUUGCGUGGACAUUGGUAAGACACAGAAAGGGAGAGAAGAAAUAUAUUGCUCUCUGAAUAUUCCAUAAAAAAAUGGUCAGGUUGCAGAACUUCAUGAGAGCUUUACUAAUAAUCUUAUUGUUCUGACUUUAUAUAAAGGUGGUAUUAAUAUUGUGUGAUUUUUCAAAGUGCUAGAUAGGUUUAUAAGUAGAUAAUAGUGACAUUGAAGGUAAGAGCACUUGAAACAAAAGUUAUGGGAAAACAAGGUGUGUAUAAUGGAACACCACUUUGAGCACAGAAACAAAGCUCCCUGGGGCCUGGGAGGAAAGAUGUGUUUUGUGAUUCUAUGUCCCUGAAUCCGCCCACUCUGCACAGGGCUCCACCACCAACUGCCACCUUAUGGCUCAAACCCAGGACACUGUCAAAAAGUUAAGACCCCCUAAACUAAUUUACUGUAAAAAACGUUGAGGUCUGCUGCAAAGUUUUCCCAAGUUUUCUUUGUUUACUUGUUCAUCAUUGUAUAAGUUGGCCACACCCUCACAAAAGCAACUUAAGGCUUCUUUCAUAAAUUGGCAGCGACAUUGAGUUCUCAAACAUUUUAUCCCAAAGUCUGCAGGCAGACAGCUGGAUACAGUGCUGUGUAAAAAAUGAGACAUCCAUACACUUUAGUUCCUUAAAAUUGGGAUCUCUUUCGAAUGAAAAAGGACAAAGCCAAGUAGAGAAAAGACUUUGUGUUCCCACCCAGUGCUAGAAGUGUCUCAAGGUCUGAAAAAUAGAGAAGGAAAUGAAAUGCACUUUCAGAAGCUGAAACGACAGUGUCUGCUACAAAAGGCUGUAGUUGUAGGCGGGAGGGUGGAUACCAUGCCUCUGGUUCCAGUCCUGCAUCGUCUGCAGACGGCACAUACUUUCUAAGAGUAGAGUGAACUAGUGCCAGCCUGGUUGGGUUUAAAACUGCAAACAGUUGGAGAUAAACAGCUGGGGGGUGGAGGGUGAGGGAAGUUGAGAAUAAGACUUUGCAACAUUGGCUUUCUACAACGUAAAUGGUGUGUCUCCCCCAAGGUCAGGUGGGCGGGGUGAGAAAGACUUCUUCCAGCUUCUUUCUUCUGCUUGUAUGAGCAUGCAUGCAUUUCACUCCACGGAAGGUCUCGCUCUGCAGGAAGCACCCUCCUCCCACGGCAGACCGCACUUUCAUCCCCUCCUCUGUGGUAGCAGUGAAGGUUAGGUGCGUGAGUGUGGGCUGCUCUACCCACCGCGAGUCCAGGAGCUGUUGUAUACCUCAUUUCUAACUCGUGACUGAGUAACUUGCUUUAACUUUCUCGAAACCCUACAGAGUUGCCAAGUCUGCCCUCCCUCCUCUCAGUAAUGUUGAACUCUGGCCUAUAGCAUCACGGGACCGGUAGCCUAGGGUGGGACCCCCUGAACAAGCCUCUGAAUGUCGCUGCUUAAAAGCUACUGCAAACUGAGGGCAAAUUGCAAUCUUCUCUUUCUUUUCGUUGCAAGGGGUCUUCACAGGUCUCUUAACAUCUGCGUUCCCAGCCACCCUGCCCUUUGGGGCUGGCCAGCUAUGUGUACCCCCACCCACCCCAAGUUCCCCAUGGCUGGCCACACAUCAACUUCUGUACUUGCCUUUUCCCGGGUAGGGUAGAGGCCAUCCCCUUCCCCUCUGCAGCCUCAGGGUUCUGUUUAUAUUCAGGACUUUGGGUAGAAGGGAAGACACCAAAGGCUCCUUCAAGCUGACUGCUGCAUACACAUUUUACUUUUUUUCCUUUGACAUGACCAAAAAUCCAAAUAUUUAAGUUUAUUAUUAUUAUUAAUAUUAUUAUUAUUUGACAAUCUUGUAUCCAAUGGGCUCUCUAGAAGCUGCAUCCCCAGCCCUUUCACCUUUUCUUUGAAUGUAGUUCCCAACCUUCAAUUCCCACCCCCAGUGUUGAAAAAAGCUUAGCCAGGUCACACUACUGCUGCUAUAAGCCAGGGGAGGGUGGUUUCUUUGUUUUGUUUUGUUUUUUAAAUUUCCAGCCAAAACCAAAGAUUUCUUAAUGAUUGUAUAAACUCAAAACAAACAAAAAAACCAAAGAAAAGGGAAGUCUUCAGCAUCAAUCCAGUCUGUGGCGUCCUGGCACUUGGAGGAGAGAGGCCGGGCAGGGGGAGCCUCUGCCUGAUCGGAAAGGGCAGGCGCGCUGCUCGCCACCUUCCAGGCUUUUCCGCAGGUGCGUGCUCAGUAGCUCUGGCCCUUGCCGACCUGUGAGCAUGCCAUGAAACAAAUUGGCAUUCAGGUUUUCCAAAGCAAAAGACAAAACCCGUCACCACUGGAAUCCACCCUGCAACAACCAGGGGCACCGCAGGGACUCAGCACAGGGACUAGGGAGGGUGGGAGCCACUGCUGGGCUGGCCGAGGACUCCACAGAGUGGGGGAGAUCGAAGACACUGGUGCACGAUUGGCUGCUCUGCUGGGUGCUCUAACCUCUGGGGCUGGGCGAAUGCACGCCGGGGGCCCUUCUGAGCCUUUUUUCUCUUUUCCUUUACUGGAACUGCUUGGAAGUGGCCGUCCUGUUUGUGAGAAAACAUGCAGAAAGAUUAUCAAGCUUUUCAUUUCUCUUUAUUGUAGUUUUGUUUCCUUUUUGCAGCACCACUGUGCAACUAUGCAUUGUAUUUCACAACCUUUUGUGCUAGGUAGAUGCCUGUGACUUUUUAACUUGGGGGGUGGGGGGAUUGCAAAUGAAGGAACUUUUUACAUGGAUCUUUUUAAUCUCAGUUGAUUGGGGGAGGGGGGUAUUUGGUUCUAGGGUCAUACAAGCUCUAUCCCAAAGCAAAAUCCAAAUGUUAAUAAUAUUAGCCUGAUGCAGAUACCAAAGAUAAUUUCUUUCCUGCAGAACCUUAGACUUGUGUAUUAAGUACGAUUACCCAGCACUUGCAUUAGUCUAACCUCAGUAAUUCCAAAGCUUAGAUGUAUAUUUUGGUAUAUUUCUGGGAUAUUAAAAAAAAUGUCGUUUAACUUCUUGUUUGUUUCAGUGUAAUGCUCUUAAAGUCAUAGCAUGAAAAUUGAACUGUCCUAUUCUUAGUAGUUUGAAAUAAUAGUAUUUUUGUAUGUUUUGGGUGUGUCUACGUAUGUAUUAACAUAACAGUUUUCACUGCCUAGGUGUUCAUAAUAAAAAAGAAAAUGAAAAAGUUCUGAGUGUACAUAAUAUUCAAUAAUAAUCUUCCGCCAGGUGUCAAUUUGGAUUGCCUAUUCCUGAUUAUUGUUCCCAGUUGGGAUUUUGUUUUGUUUUAAAGAGACAGUGAUCGUGUUUUUCUAAAGAUGUUUUCUUUCUCUCUGUCUUUAAAUAUCUUAACUCUCUCACCUUUUCUUUUCUUUCUUUCUUUCUUUUUUUUUUUUUAAUUAUUAAUUCAGGGGUGUUUUUCCACUGUUGUCAAGGGAGGGACACAAGGGAAAUUGAGCCCUUGGCCUCCCAGAACUUUUUGUUUUAUGUACUUUAAAAUGUGAGUUUGAGUUCUUCUUUGUGGAAAUUUAAGAUGUGGUGUAAAUGAUUCUUUCCAAAACUGUCCAGCAGCUUUAAUGAGGCAGUGACAAUUCCUAGGUAGUUUAUUGGGAGUCCUUCUACAUUUCUCCUUAGAUCACUUUGCAAUCUGGGUGGCUAUUGUAUAGCCUCACUGCCCCAGAGCGCCUGUUUAGCCAUUUCCCCCAUAGGAAUAUUUGUAAGAAUCAGCUGAUAACUUGAAGUGCUGGACCUUGUUAUCUGUGCCCCUGGGAAACACAAGUUUUCUUGGUCUUAAAAACCUGAAACACAAGCAACUUUACAUUUUGGGGAAUUAGCUGAUGGUACCUCCUGAGGCCUGAGGAGGUGGCGGGGAAUAUGAGCGGUGCUGUCUCUUUAAAAGUGCCCUUUAUGUGAUUCCCCUCCUGGGGCUGCCUGCAGGGGGCUGUAGGCUUGGGAGAGAUUGUGUAGGUGACAGUGAAUCAGAAUGAAAUGAUAGAUUUUGUGUAGAUGCAUUUGUCUGCUGUAAUUUUUAUAUAUAUAUUAAACUUACUGUAACUGUACAGUUCAUUUCUGUUGUAAAACAUCAUUAAACCAUUUUCCAAGUGUUUUCA